GUCACGGGAAUGGUUUUAUCCUCCAAAAAUACCGAAAAGUAAUGGUUACGAAGUGUCUAGGCCAGACAAUAAAGGUAAAAGAUUGGCGAUACUGGAAUCGAUUGUAGAAUCCCAAACAUCACCUUGGAAUUCUGAAGUAAUUCCAGGAGUGGAAAGACGUCUUGGAUCUCCAAGGGAACAUGACAACAAAAAUGACUCGGAAUCGGACUCUGAAAUUAAUUUUGGGAAGGAUACGUAUCUCGGCAAAUCAUCAAAGCGAGACAUCGGAGAGAGCGUGUUCUUUGACCCUGCUGGGGGUUCGUUCCACUUCGAUGAUUUUGGAAGCCAAAAUAGCUUGCAUGGAGAAACGUCUGCAGAAUCUGGAGAAUGGAUUGAUAAGAUUCUCGGGGGUACCUUCAAAAGAAACUAUCUAGACCGCCAUUCCUUCAGAGCAAGUCUGCGUUUAAAUACGAAAUCUCCCAUAAGACAUAUAGAGUUUCGACCGGAAAGUGACCGAGAUUCCACAAGUUCCUACGAACCAAGAACAAGCACAUUGCUUAGGACUGUAUUGCUUAUUCUGGGAGGCAUUGCUUUAAUAUGUCUGGUGGUUUCUCCAAUUAUUGUGUUCAUCAUUGUGCAAGAUGACGACACAACGUUUAAAACAUACUAUGUUGCCGACAGUGAAAUAACCGUUAAUCAAUCGUACGUUGAGCAGUUUAAAAGUCCAGACUCCAAAGAGUUUAAAAACUUUAGCGCAAUCUUUUGCACAGAGAUGAAGAAUGUAAUACAAGAAACAAAUAUAUCGCAGGUGUAUAGAGACUGCAAUGUCAAGGAAUUAAAAAAUGGAAGUGUUAUUGUCUUUUUUCAAAUGGUUUUUACCACCGAAAAAAUUCUAACCAGUAAAAUAAUCGUAGAUUUCAUAAUGAACGGAAGUUCUUAUCAAAAAAGUAGCUCGUCAAUACAAAUUGAUAUUAUCAUUGACUCUUUGAAAGUUUCUGUUAUUGAAACAAAAACAUUUGAUAAAAAGAGUGACCCUUACGAACAAUCCAUAAUUACAACAUCAUCACCUACAAGCACACAGUCAACAUUUACGAUCAAUAUAACUGUCAACCAGUCCAAUUUUACAACUGAUUUUUCAAAUACAUCCACGACAGUCGUGGAAUCUUCCACUGUUGAAUUCACAAAUGUCACCGGACCCACAGAACAAUCAACAAGUGCCACUCUACCACAGUCGCAAAGUACAACGAAUGUUUUGACUUCUUCUGAUUCCUCCACAGAGAAUUUAAAGUCGAGUUCAGAAAGUUCUUCCACAGAAACAUCCACGCCUCCAUCUACAACAUCCAUGCCUCUAUCUACAACAUCCACGCCUCCAUCCACAACAUCCAUGCCUCCAAUUACAACAUCAACACCUCCAUCUAUAACACCCUCGCUUCCAUCUAUAACAUCCACGCCUCCAUCUUCAACAUCCACGCCUCCAUCUUCGAAAUCCACACUUCCAUCUUCAACAUCCACGCCUCCAUCUACAGCAUCCACGCCUCCAUCUAUAACAUCCACGCCUCCAUCUAUAACAUCCAUGCCUCCAUCUUCAACAUCCACACCUUCAUCUACAACAUCCACGCCUCCAUCUACAGCAUCCACGCCUCCAUCUAUAACAUCCACGCCUCCAUCUUCAACAUCCACGCCUCAAUCUACAGAAUCCACGCCUCCAUCUACAGAAAUAACUGUUGUAGACCUGACAUCUACUGUGUCAACAAAUUUUACAAUGGAAUUUUCAAAAUUUUCCACAAAAGCGUCGGAAUCUACCACCUUUAAUUCUACAAAUGCCACUAGAAGCAUAGAACAAUCAACGAGUGCCACCGAAUCGAUUGUGCAACACACAACGAAUGUUUUCAGUUCUUCUGACUCCUCCACAAGAAUUUUAGAGUCGAGUACAGAAAGUUCAUCCACAGAGACAACAAAUCCCUUCACAACGAAAUCUAUAAUUCAAAACCUUACAUCUACCGAUCAAUCGAAUUUCACAACGGAAUUCUCAAAUGCAUCCACAACAGGCAUUGAAUCUACCACUGCUGAAUCCACUAAUGUUACUGAGCUCAUAGAACAAUCAACAAGUACCGGUGUGCCACCGUCGCAAAGUACAACGAAUCUUUUUAUUCCUUCUGAUUCUUCCACGGAUAUUUUAGAGUCGACUACAGAAAGUUCUUCCACAGAAACAUCAACACCUCCAUCUACACAGACUGUUGCAGAUUUGACAUCUAAUAUCUCAACAAAUUUUACAAUUGAGUUUUCAAAAUCAACAACAGAGCAAUCAACAAGUACCACUGUACCAUUGUCGCAAAGUACAACGAAUGUUUUUGGCUCCUCUGUUUCCUCCACAGAAAUUUUAGAGUCGAGUACAGAAAGUUCUUCCUUGGAAACCUCAACACCAGCAUUUACACAAACAAUAUUCGUGAACCUAACAUCAACCGACCAAACAAUGGAAAUCUCCAAAGAAUCCACAACAACCGUGGAAUCAACCACUUUUAAUGCCACAAAUACCACAAGAACAACAGAGCAAUCAUUAAGUACCAAUGUACCACUGUCACCAAACUAA